UCAGACGAGUGGCAUCAAGCGUGGCUGUCGGACCGCGCAACCACGUCCCGACUCCUCGCCGCGUAAAAAAAUACAAAUAAAAAACAGAUAACAGAAAAAGUUUAAAAAAUAAAGAAGUGACAAACCAAUUUCGAUAUCACUAUUCUAAAUUUAAACAAAAAAAUUGAGUAAAUAGUUUUUAAUUCUGUAAAAAAUUAUAAAUAUAAUACUAAGUUCGUUUGGUUUAAAUAACGUGUUGUAUUAACUGUCUGAAAGUGUUCUACUUAUAUCAUAAUCUUCAAUAAACAAACAUCGUGUGCAAUAAAAUACUAGACUAGCUCGACAAAUAUUUCUCUUACAGCAAAAACUGAGUGACAUUCCUUUUGAGUGCUCGUAAAUAUAAAUUUAGUUUCAUGUAUUUUGUCAAAGUGACUUUUAAAAUAAAUUUUAAAAAUAUAACUUUUUAAGUAUUAAGUAAAUUGUGAUAAUAUUAUAAAAUGACUUCUGAAAAAUCCGAAGAAGUGACUGCAGUAAGCCGUGGAAGAGUUAUAUUGUCUCAGGUGCUGGCAUGUUUGGCGUUGGACUUCCUGCUGGUGGGGCUGGGGAUGUCCAUCAGCUUCGUCACCAUGGUGCUGCCAGAGGUGCUGGAUGCUACGCAUGGGCUCUCCCUCAACAAGAAGCAAGCCUCGUGGUUCGGUAGCAUGGCCUUCCUCUGUCAGCCUCUGGGCAGUCUGUUCUCCGGGCCGCUGCUCGACUACUUCGGACGCAAAAAGGCUCUAUUUAUAGUCAACAUACCGCAUCUGAUCGCUUGGCUACUGAUGUAUUACGCGUGGAAUGUGCCUGUCCUGUUCAUUGCCAACGCACUGCUGGGCAUCGGCACUGGAAUCAUGGAAGCUCCUUCAGUCACCUAUGUUGGUGAAGUCAGCGAACCGUCAGUGCGUGGCAUCCUGACGACUUUGACGAAUGGGUUCACGUCGACCGGCAUGUUCCUGGCAUACCUGCUGGGCACGGUGCUGCCGUGGCGACAGGCCGCCCUCGUGUCGCUCACUGUUCCUGUGGCUACCAUGGUCCUCGUCAUGUUUGUUCCUGAGACACCAAUAUGGUUGCUGUCGAAGGGGCGACAGAAAGAAGCUCUGCACUCUCUCUGCCGCCUUCGUGGUUGGGCGAAGCCAGAAGACGUCAGAGAGGAAUUUGACCAACUAGUCCAAUAUAACGAGGUUGUGAGACAAUGCGUGAUAUGCGUGAAAGAGGGUAAAACCUUUGAGCUCCCCUGCGAGCACACAAAUGGCAACAUCUUCAGAAGAAUCAGAAUGAAGAUCAAACAUGUUUUGCUGGUAAAAGAGACGAUGAGACCUUUCGUGCUGGUCAUGGCAUAUUUCAUGUUCCACACGAUGAGCGGCCUGACUCCAAUCAGACCCAACAUGGUGAACCUUUGCAAAGCCCUGGGUAUGAAGUACGAUCCUAAGACAAUAGUGGUACUCGUGGGCGCCGUGUUCAUAGUAAUGAACCUGUUCUCAGCUGUUAUAGUCAAGAUGAUUGGGAAGCGAAAGCUGGUGCUUGGAUCGCUGCUUGGAACGGCUUGCUGCAGCCUAGCAAUCAGUUCCUACGCCCGCCUGAACUUGUUACCAGAAGUAUUCUCCUAUGAGGUCCACACGUUCCCCGACAAGAAAGAGAUACUGCCAGUCAUCCUCUUCAUGCUGCUAGUUUGUUUCAACAGCCUAGGGAUUCCUUGGGUCUUACUCUCUGAAGUAUUUCCCUUUAGGAGUCGAGGCAUUGCUACAGGAUUGGCAGCAGCGCUUAGCUACAUGUUAUUCUUUGUAGCAUCCAAAACCAACUACAACCUUGAAGCUAGCAUACACCUUAGUGGAACUUUCGCAUUCUACGCUACCUUCGGUUUCGUGGGCACACUCUACUUAUACUUCUUCUUGCCCGAGACAGAAAGCAAGUCCCUAGUUGAGAUCGAGGCUUACUAUAAAGGAAACCAAAAAAUAUUCGCCGACGAUUUUCUAAUCAACGCCUUCAGAAAGAAACGGAGCAUUAGCCACGAAGCAGACAAACCUAUGCUAGUCACGUAAUGUUUUUUUUCCGUAUCAUUAUAAAAAUAAUAAACUACAUUCGUGCCAUUUUAUCUAUAGCGUUUUGAACUGUGUUUUUCAUACUUAGAUUUUUGCGUGAUUUUUAAUAUACUUACCGCUUUACCAAUACAAAAUAACCAACCGCU